GUCGGCUGUGGGCACGUACGUUGCCCUAGGAGCAGGAGCAACAUUGACUUUACAACACAAGUUACACAACCUCAAAACGAUGCAGUGAUCCCGAAUACUGGCCGCAGUGGACGUGGACAAAUUACUCCCAGAGCGCCCACAGCUUGAUUCCCGCAAAACCGUUCCCGCAGAGUCUGCGUCCUCCUCCUGCCAGAAGCGCAAGCAUGCCAAGGCGUGUAAAGUAAAAUCCUGCCCAAGCUCAUGGCUUUCUCUCCUCCCAUUUACAUCCUCCAAAGCUACGAAACACGUCCGUCAGUCUGUGCUUAUGCUUAUCCACGAUCUCGUCGUUCCCCCGUCAACCAACUCCCUCAACCUGAAUCCCAAAUCUCCGCAACUGACCCUCCCAGAUCCACACGAAAUCCUAGCCUCCUGCGCUCAAUCCUGCUCUGCCAAGAACCUGUCUUUGUCUACGCUUCUUCAAGAGCCAGCUGUAGCAGGUCACACUGCCAUCUAUUGGGCUAUCGUCCACUAUCGCCCCUCGCUCCUUGAUGCUUUGCUCAGACACUCCUCCCCUUUAACGCCUGCAACGCAAAGUGAGAUGAGGAAGGCAUGUUUGGUGGCAAGUAAUCAGGCAUUGUUCCAAAACCUCAGACUCAGUGCGGGGUUAUGCGCAAGUGGGUUACGGAGUGCUGCUGAUAGUCUCCUUCUUGGUCAGCGCCCACCAGAUGACGUGCGUAUCGAAGAGGGCCCCAAUGGUGCUUUCGCUGCAACACUGGAUAUCGCGAUGUGGCAGAAACGUAUACGUGCGGUUGGGAGCGUGAGCGUGGAAUUUAUUGCCUCUGGCCGUAUAUUCGCACUAACCUUCUUCACCACCGAUCGUCCCCAACCCAACACCAAGUCCACCAAAGCCAAAAGAGCUGUAGGGCCAUUGCACGUCUCACUCUCCCUCCUCGAGCACAGCCUACCAACCUACGUGGAUGCAGCAGUAGUCAUCGAUCGGCCUCCUCCCCUUCCUUCUCCAGGGCCUUCUUCACGGCACAUCUACAGGGCCACGAAGAAGUGGGACUUCAACUAUGAUGGACAAGCGCACGCGCGCCUCCCUUCUCCUCCUUCGCCCAGCUCCCCAAGCUCUCCUGGCCCUGCAACGUUCUCAGGUGCAUACACACCUACACAGAAACAUGUACAGAAACAGAUGUUACUUCCACCUCCCUCGCACCCCCACCGCGGAUUAAUGCAGACUUGUUCAUCUCCCUCGCUCAAGCAAUUGUCCCCGUCCCGUUCCUCGCAUACGUUAACAUCUGUAUUGGAUAGUAAGACUGCAGCACUCAUGCCCAAGAAGCAGCUCGUGAAGCUGAAGAAUACCUCGUUGGGAUCGCGUGCCAGUGGGCGUGCUCCGGUGGUGCUCCGUUUUAGUGCGGGCGAGUCUAUGCUUGCUUGUCGUACGAGGAAUGGAGCAGCAGAUCCACACGCCCUACGUCAUCCUACCGCCAAACCCGAUACCUGGUCCGAACAUGGCACGUUGUAUGUCUCUGCGAUCGUAGUGCCACUCGGCGAACAAGAUGGAGGCGGGUUGAUGUUUGACACAUCCCCGCAUAUCGCGCCUGAUGGUAGUUUACGAGCACGGCUAGAGGCGAGGUUGGUGAAAACUGAGGAAGGAGGGAAGGAGUGUAUUAUUUGUUAGUUUGAUGCAGGGCGAUAGGCUUUCUUAGUGUGGUAUUACCGUAUUGUGGUCUGGUUAAUCUUGUAUAGGAUUGUAUUUUGAUACAACUGCAGCUUGGAUGUGUUCAUCAGUAUACGUAGUAUCAGCACUUGGAGGGCAAAAAAGCCUGUAUGAACGAAAUAGAUGAAUGAAA